CGACAGUCUUCGUACAAACUUCUAAGCAAACAGUAGAGUGUUUUGCUGCAGUUUCACAGUUGGAAUUUCAUACUUUGGUAACGUGUAUGAGACGCGUCGCGCUGCGUUGGUCAGCUACAACAUAACGAAUAACAACAAACAAUAGCAAUAAAGCACAAAAAUAAAUAAAUAAAUAAAUAAAUGAAUGAUAAACGUGGCUAGAUUCAAAGCAACAAAGUAACUACUUAAUAAUACUCAGACAAUAAACAAGAAAUAAUUUAAAAAAAAAUAUUGAAGAGCGGCAAAGGAACGGCGAAAUAUUUGAAAGGCACAAAGAAGACACCAGACAACAGGCAACAACGGUCAUACAUAUGAAUUUGAUGACCAACAGAUCGACUUGAAGUUCUAAACAAAGCGAUUAGAUGACAUAAACCCAAACAUUAUUGCGACUAACAACGCUGAAGAAAAUUGCCUUAAGAAAAAUAUUAAAAAAAAAAAUAAAAAAUUGAAGUGUGCGAAUCCAACAUAACCUCGAGUUUAAGAUAAUAUAUUACCGCCACCUCGAAGAGUACCUAUUUCAAGCGCGCUGAACGGGAAAUAUUCAAAAAGAAACAACUUAAUAACAGUUAUUACCAGCGACAGCGAUAUUGAAUUGGAAGAAGCAUUGCAACACCCGAAAGCCUCAGCAACAACAUUUAGUAAGUGACAGACAGCAAAUAAACGCUUCAUAAUCGCACACAGAUCGUUUGACAGCAGUGCAAAGAACCAUAAUAGUUUUGAAACAAUAACAACAACAACAAGCGCUUUACUCCAAUCAGCGUGUCUGUUAAAACGCGUGAAUCACUCGGCGACACGUCACCAGCGCGCCUGCCACCGUCUACCGUCAACAAUUGAUUGCGUUUGCGUUUAAAUCAUCAGCAGUCAAACAGCUGUGAGACGCUUGCGCUCGCGACAAACAAGUUACACACGCCGCUGCCAACAAACGAGGCGACAGACGCUGCUGCUGCGAACUUAGCUAGCCCACACGCUUCCUUUAAAGCGCUGCCGAGGCGCUGGCAACAGUUGGUGCUGCCUUCCGCACGCGCGCACCGCAACAACGCCGAAUAAUCAACAAAAAAAAGUAAAAAAAAAAAAUAAUAUAAAUAAUAGAAAACAAGUAUUAAAUUGACAGCAGCACCGUCGGCAAUAACAAAUUAGCAUCGCCUCAUUGUUUUGGUUUGUCGCCGUUGCCGUUGCCGUCGCGCAGUAGCUUCGUUUUCGUCUCCGUAACCGCUUUUUUGUGUUUUUUUUUUGUUGGCUGGAGCAAAUCAUAUUUGGCGAUGGCGUCACAAGGUGUCGCAGCAGCCAACUCAAGGCUGGCUCAGAUGCAGAUGCGUUUUCAACAGAAACAGCAACAGGAGCGUGAACAACGACGGCUGGAGAUGACUGAUGGUGAGAGCUCCAGCAAUUUGGAGGAGGUUGUAGACACCAAACGCAUCACGAAUGGCAAGGUGCGUCAAAUGUUCGAUGAGCGUCGUCGCGGCGCUGGGAUUGAUCGCGCGAAUCCACUUAAGCCAAUCACCUCAACGGCAAAAGGCACGUCGCCUGUUUUGCGUCAAACCGGUGGCGCUGUACACAAUCUACACCAAACGAAAAAUGGCAAUACAACGUCGGUUCGCAUGCGUGGUACGACCAAUGCAUCCACUGGUUCAACGCACGUGCGAAAUCCACCGAAACGGCUACAGAACGGCAACACCGAUACGUUGACUAAGGAAAUGUCGUCACUUAGUUUGGGCUUGCACUCGGCCGAUGACCGCAACAACAACAACGAUGUUUUGGGACGCGCGAAAUCGUCGAACAGUCUCAAACUAAAUCCCGUUGUGACUAAGAAAACACCAUCGCCAGUGACGCCGACACAGGUUACUAAGCGUCCAGCAAAUCCUACACCGACACCUGCGACGCGUGUAACACCAGCGCCUAGGACCAGCUCCGCGACCAAAACUAUCAAACGUACUGCAGUAGUUUCAAUGAAGACACCGCCACGAAGAACAUCGGGAAAUAUGGCUUCUAAUACCAACAGAAUGCCGCCCAACGCUGAUGUGGACUCAGGAAAUAUGGGUGUCUGCCGCUACUGUAAUCGCCAUUUCAAUAUGGACCGAAUUGCCAAGCACGAGGUUGUAUGCGAGAAAAUGGCACAUACUAAACGCAAAAUUUUCGAUGCGGCGCGACAUCGUUUACGCGGCACUGACGCCGAAAAGUAUCUCAAGAAAGCACCAACUCGAAGUAGCACCAAAUCCGCAUACUCCAGUGCUGCUGCUGCUAGCGGCAUGACCGCUGGUUUGAAGAAGAAUAAUUGGCGCAAGAAACACGAAGAAUUCAUACAAGCCAUACGCGCAGCCAAGCAGGUACAGGCGCAUUUGGCACGCGGCGGUAAGUUGAGUGAUUUGCCUCCACCUCCACCUUCGGAGAAUCCUGACUACAUACAGUGCCCUCAUUGCAUGCGUCGUUUCAAUGAAUCUGCGGCUGAGCGACACAUUCCGCGCUGCGCCACAAUGUUGCACAAUAAGCCCAAACCGGGUCAGGCGCCGAGAAAAAGAUAGAUAUUGUAUGGUGUGCGCCAAAUCAAUCAUAAUCAAAAAAAAGCCUUAUGUAGACACAAAUACACCCACACACACACAUUUAAUCUCGUAUGAACUAACAACGCCGACUGGAAAGUUGAUCAAUUGCCUCCGGGUGCUAUUAAGACUAGAGGCCAGUUGUCUGCGUGGCCCGCCAAGAGUUUAGAUGACUACUUAAUGUUAAUGUAAACAGCGGUAUGCAUACACACCCUGUACAUGUGAUAAAUUAUUAUUGUAAACUUGACUUUUGGAAAAUUAUUAAAAUAUAAACUAAAUCAAAACCGA